AUGGGUGAACUCAAUACCUCAAAGCCUUUUCAGGUCAUCAUUGUUGGCGCCGGUAUUGGUGGUCUUGUUUGCGCUAUUUCCUCCGCUCGUGAAGGACUCGCUGUGAAAGUGUUGGAAAGAGCUCCAGAGAUUUUGCCCAUUGGUGCUGGGAUUCAGAUUCCACCUAAUGCCGCUCGGAUUCUUGCCUCUCUUGACCUCUUACCCAAAAUUCGGGAGACGGCGAUUGAAGUGCAGAAGCUAAAUUUUAGGCGGUACGAAGAUGGUCGACUACUUGCUUCGCGCAAAUCACGUUCACACGCUCAAUGGUUUGUGAUUCAUCGAGCAGAUUAUCAUCAAGUCCUUUUGGACGAGGCCAAACGACUUGGCGUCGAGAUUCAGCUGAAUGCUUCAGUAAAAGACAUCAGCUUCGAGGACGGUGUCGUAUACCUGGAGGAUGACACAACUCUCAAAGGCGAUGUCGUAAUUGGUGGCGACGGUAGUCUUUGGUCGACAACACGAGAAAAGCUGCUUGGAAAGGAUUCGCAGCCUUUUCAGACGGGGGACUUGGCAUACCGGGGGACAUUUACUUUGGAGCAAUUGGAAGCCCUCAAUGAUCCACGAGUCGAAGAGCUGUGCAAAGAACCCGCCGUAACUGUCUGGUUUGGUCCAGAGAAGCACUGCGUUUUCUACCCGGUUCGCGGCGGUACCCAAUUCAACCUGGUAUUACUCCGACCUGAUAACCUCCCUCAAGGAACAAGAACUGUGAAAGGGGAUAUUGAAGAAAUGAGGUACACCUUCCAUGGAUGGGAUAGCGUCUUGACGAAGAUUAUCAGCUGCAUUCCUUCGGUACUCAGGUGGAAACUGUGUCACCACGACGAACUCGAUACAUGGACCAAGGGUCGCGUUGCCCUUCUCGGUGACGCAUGCCAUCCGACUCUACCUUACCAGGCUCAAGGCGCGGCGAUGGCCGUUGAAGAUGGUGCAAUUCUUGGCAGGUUCUUGGGGAAACUAUUUCUGCUACUCCAAAAUGGAAGCAUUUCACCAGCAUCGGAGGCCGAAAGCAUUUCGCGGGUGUUAAAGCUGUAUGAGACAAUUCGAAAGCAUCGCACCACUCAGAAUGUUCAGGGCGCCAUCAGCAACAGGCAUUUUUACCAUCUGCCAGAUGGGCCGGAACAGCAAAAGCGAGACGAAGAGAUGGCAAAGCAUUCGUUCACUACCGAAACUUCCGAGUACAAGUUUUUGGACAUGAAGUACAAUGCUGAUCUUCUAGAGGUUCCUGUGCUCAGGGAAGCCGGGAAAGCUUUUGACAGUUGGUGGUCAAGUCACACGGAAGAUAAAGGUGAAGGAAAUCGAUCCCUGAUGUAACUGUCUACUACAAAUUGGCAUACCGGUAGUUAACGGCGCUGCUGUAUCGCAAUUCCCUAGUCAGUUAGGAUCCUGUACGGCGGUCGAUUAGACACACUUGAUCAAAACCAAAAAACCAUCAAAACUCAAAGCUCAAAAUGAGGUUGGAAUAUAAGAUCGCGUUGUACCCAAUCCCU